GUUAUUUUACCUAUCAUUUUCGGGAGAAAAAUGUGAGAUGAUCUUCCCGUUUCAACAAUUAAUUUUUCGAAUUUCUGUUGAAAAAAAUUGAAUUUUACCCUAUUAAUGCGCGUGGUGAUAAUUUUUUAAAGCACAAAUGGAUGUUUCAUACGACAAAGAUAUAAAUGUGAUGCCAGCUGGCACACCUUCGCGUCAACAACUAGCUAAUUUAUCACCAUAUCUUAACUACGAUCCUGUAUAUUUACCACAAACUAGUCAACCAGAAUUCAUAUUCCCCGAUGGAGCUACUGAGCAGAGAAGACGAUUUGAUUUUUCAUUUUCUCAAAUAGGAACUUCGUGUAUGAUCGGUGCCAGUAUAGGCGGAGCUAAUGGAUUUUAUAAUGGUUUAAAAAGUACCACAUUAUUAGGACAAACGGGGAAACUCCGCCGUACUCAGUUAUUGAAUCAUGUUAUGAAGCGCGGUGCGGCUACAGCUAAUACAUUAGGAGUUAUAGCAGUUAUGUACAGUGCCUUCGGUGUACUUUUGAGUUGUAUUCGAACUGAUGACGAAUAUAACACUCUUGCUGCGGCUACAGCAUCUGGACUAUUAUUUAGAUCAACUAGUGGUUUGAAGAAGUGCGCUUUAGGUGGGUUAACAGGAUUUGCAGCUGCAUCAGCUUAUUGUUUAUGGACAAAUCGAGAUAGAUUACAGGACCUUCGUCAGAAACUUCCUCUUUCGUAAAUUGCGCGUAUUCGUUGUUUGUAGUUUUUUGUUGUAUAAAUUAUUACUUACAA